AUGGAGUCAGGGUAUUUGCAUACAAUAUACUUAGGUAUUCGGAGUCGGCAGAGUGGGGAAAGUGGCAGGGGGGGGUUUUACUGGAGGAUGGUGUAUGAGUAUGCGGAUGUGAGCAUGCUGCACCUGCUAGCCACCUUUCUGGAAAGUGCUCCGCAGUUGGUCCUGCAGCUCUGCAUUAUUGUGCAGACCCACAGCUUACAGGCCCUCCAAGGUUUUACAGCAGCAGCCUCCCUUGUGUCCUUGGCUUGGGCCCUAGCCUCCUACCAGAAGGCUCUUCGGGACUCCAGAGAUGACAAAAAGCCCAUCAGCUAUAUGGCCGUCAUCAUCCAGUUCUGUUGGCACUUCUUCACCAUCGCCGCCAGAGUCAUCACAUUUGCCCUCUUCGCUUCGGUUUUCCAGCUGUAUUUUGGGAUAUUCAUUGUCCUCCACUGGUGCAUCAUGACCUUCUGGAUUGUCCACUGUGAGACAGAGUUCUGUAUCACCAAAUGGGAAGAGAUUGUGUUUGACAUGGUGGUGGGCAUCAUCUACAUCUUCAGUUGGUUCAAUGUCAAGGAAGGCAGGACACGCUGCAGGCUGUUCAUUUACUAUUUUGUAAUCCUUUUGGAAAACACAGCCUUGAGUGCACUCUGGUACCUCUACAAAGCUCCCCAGAUUGCAGAUGCAUUUGCCAUCCCGGCACUGUGCGUGGUUUUCAGCAGCUUUUUAACAGGCGUUGUUUUUAUGCUGAUGUACUAUGCCUUCUUCCACCCCAAUGGGCCCAGAUUUGGGCAGUCACCAAGUUGUGCUUGUGAUGACCCUGCUACUGCCUUCUCUCUGCCUCCAGAAGUGGCCACAAGCACACUACGGUCCAUCUCCAACAACCGCAGUGUUGCCAGUGACCGAGAUCAGAAAUUUGCAGAGAGGGAUGGAUGUGUCCCUGUGUUUCAGGUGAGACCAACGGCACCACCCACCCCAUCAUCUCGACCACCAAGGAUUGAAGAAUCAGUCAUUAAAAUUGACCUGUUCAGGAAUAGGUACCCAGCGUGGGAGAGACACGUGUUGGACCGAAGCCUGAGAAAGGCUAUUUUAGCCUUUGAAUGUUCCCCAUCUCCUCCGAGGCUUCAAUUCCAAGACGAAGCAAUGAUUAGACUCUUACUGUAUUGCAUGCAGUAA